CGGUCCGGGGAGCGGCGGCGCGGCCAUGCUGCUCACCGUGUUUUGCCUGCGCCGCGACCGCAGCGAGCUCACCUUCUCCCUCCAGGUGGACGCCGACUUCGAGCUGCAGAACUUCCGCGCGCUCUGCGAGCUGGAGUCCGGCAUCCCGGCGGCCGAGAGCCAGAUUGUCUAUGCAGAGCGACCUCUAACUGAUAACAACAGAUCUUUGGCCUCCUAUGGCUUGAAAGAUGGGGAUGUGGUGAUUCUGCGACAGAAAGAGAAUGUAGAGCCACGGCCUCCAAUUCAUUUUCCAGGUCUGCCUAGGAUAGACUUCAGCAGCAUUGCAGUUCCUGGGACAUCCACUCAGCAGCGUCGUCCACCAGCACAGCAUCUUCGCCCGUCGCCUUCUGAUGCAUCUUCCUUCCCUCAGGGUUUGGACAAUCCAGCAUUACUACGGGAAAUGUUGCUUGCAAAUCCACAUGAGCUGUCCCUGCUGAAGGAACGCAAUCCGCCUCUAGCAGAGGCGCUCCUGAGCGGAGACCUUGAGAAGUUCACCAGGGUGUUGGUGGAGCAACAGCAGGACCGAGCCCGGCGGGAGCAAGAGAGGAUUCGACUCUAUUCAGCUGACCCUUUUGAUCUUGAGGCACAGGCGAAGAUAGAAGAAGACAUAAGGCAACAGAAUAUUGAAGAAAAUAUGACAAUAGCAAUGGAAGAGGCGCCUGAGAGUUUUGGCCAGGUGGUAAUGCUGUAUAUUAACUGCAAAGUCAAUGGACAUCCAGUAAAAGCCUUUGUUGACUCAGGUGCCCAGAUGACCAUUAUGAGCCAAUCUUGUGCUGAAAGGUGCAACAUAAUGAGGCUGGUAGAUCGGCGGUGGGCUGGCAUUGCUAAAGGUGUAGGGACACAGAAAAUCAUUGGCAGAGUGCAUUUAGCUCAGGUUCAGAUUGAAGGGGAUUUCCUGGCAUGUUCCUUCUCAAUCCUUGAAGAACAGCCCAUGGACAUGCUUCUGGGACUGGAUAUGCUUAAGAGGCAUCAGUGUUCCAUUGAUCUCAAGAAGAACGUACUGGUGAUUGGCACAACUGGCUCUCAGACAACUUUCCUCCCAGAGGGGGAGCUCCCAGAGUGCGCAAGGCUGGCUUAUGGGGCAGGGCGGGAGGAUGUGCGACCAGAGGAGAUUGCUGACCAAGAACUGGCAGAAGCAAUACAGAAGUCCGUAGAGGAAGCAGAGAAUAGUGACAAAGAAACUACCUCACUGGAAGAGCCCUUAUUACCAGCUUCUGAUGGGUUUCAAAAUCCAGUCAAGUCUUCAGAACUAAGUUCCAAGAUCUGUAAUCCCACAAAUCAAUUACUUGAUCGUUCCAUCUCUGCCCCUGCUUCAAUUUGCUCAUCCAUAUCUAAUCUCGCAGAGCCCAUUGAUCCUAAAGCCGUGAAGUCUUUGGAGCCUUCAGAUGAAUGCCAGAUAACCCCAGAAAAAGAACAUCCUCUCUUAUUACAGCAUCUUUCCAAUAAUGCUUCUUUGACAAAUAAUGACUGUCCUCUACAGAUGGAGGAGGUAACCUGUCACAGUCCAGCUUGCCUUUCACAGAACACACUCGAAGAAACAUUUGUUGCUGACAGUCUAAAGGAAUGUAAUACUAAGGAACAAGGCCGUGGCCAGGAAUCUCCUUUGGAAGUGACACAAGAAAACAGCUUGGCUGACACUGCUACUAAGCACGGGCAAAAUCAAGAAGUACCUUUGUCUUCAGAACAAGAGGAACAAAAGGAUAAGCUUCCCACAGAUCAUCAGAUUUGCAAAGAACCAGUGAAUGAACAUCUGGAGAAACAAAAUGAGACAACUGACCUAGAAUGUCCUUGCAAUAUUGAUGAGGUUGAGAAACCUGCUGUGGAAGAAGAUUGUACAGGCAUCGAGCCAGAAAACUCUCCUACAGAAACAAGAGGAAAUGAACUGGAGAAAGUAGGUCUUUCCUGCGUGAAAGAGAAGAUUCAAAUGUCAGAGCCCUGUAGCUGUAUGCACACAGAAACCUUUAUGGAAAUAGAUGUAGUUGAGCAGUCCAUAGCUGAUGUGCCCAUCUCAGCAAGCAAGCAGGAGUGGCAGGCUGAGAAUAGAAGUGUAUCUGAUGUAAACUUGGAUCCCCUUUCUAUGGAGGUGGAGUCACUGAAGUCUGAAUCCUCCUUGAAUAAUCCGGUUUCCACUAGUGAUGUACUGCAGUCUAAAAGCACCAAUGAAAUUCCUGCAAAGUAUGAGCUAUCUAAUUUAACCACUGAAAACAGCUCUUCCCCCUCCAGCAUCUGUCAGCUGGACAGUGACUCAGGAGCAUCCUCAGAAGAGCCAUGUUUCUCUCUAGCCUCAGCCUUGAAAGAGCUUCAUAAACUCUUGAUUAUCAAUCGUAAAGGAGAAUGUAAAAUCCUUGCAUCUGAAGAAGUCUCUCAGUUGGAAGUGGUUCACAAAGAACAAGGAAAACAAAAGGGGCUUUCUGAAGAUAAGCAUAAUGACUUGGAUUCAAGCAGCCAGGAACGGAGUUGCUCCUUCUAUAAGGAGAGGUCUGAAGGUAAAAAUGCAGGGCAACAACUAGGGGAAGAGCACUGUGAUUGUGGAGUAGAAAACAGCUGUGUCACGUGUAUCAGUUGCACACAGUCAGCUGUCAGAAACAAUCCUAUAGAGAUGCAGAAGCUUUCGGGUAAGAGUGAUCUGAUCAUGCUGAAUUCUGCCGUGACAUCUGAUGACCAGCAAAAGAGCUGUGAGCAGGCAAAUAUUUUGGCAGAAUGUGAUCAGAGUCCAACAAGUCUGACUUCAGAGCAAAAUGCAUCUGUUUCUUCUAAACCUACUUUAGAUGAAGAUAUGUCUCAAGAUACUCAGAGCUUGUUCACAGGAGCAUCUGGGAGAAGCAAUGCCUCAGCUCCUGAAGGUCCAUGGCCAUUGUGUGGGUUUGAGGAACCACUGCUGCAUCUACAUGCUGGCUCUUCUGAACUUACCUCUGUUGCUUCUCCACUGCCUGCUUUCCCUGCGGCUGACAUUGAUCGGAUUCUUUGCGCUGGUUUUACCAUGCGGGAAGCUCUUGAAGCUUUGGAACAAGCAGAUGGAAAUGCAGAUCUUGCUCUUCUCAUUUUGCUAGCCAAGAGUAUCGUUGUUCCUACAUAACUACAGAAGAAGCAGCUGACUGGAGUGUCUUUUCUUUUAAAGGACCUAUCUAAAUUAUACAUCAUAACAUACGAGCAGAAUGUUGAGCCAGAUUUUUUAAUUAUUUGCAGCCAAAGUAACUUGUCUCUUCUGUUUUACUUUUUAAAUUUUGCCUUUUAAAAGAAAACAUCCUAGCAUUGUGUGGACAGGAUAGCUUUUAAUUCUUAUGACGCAUACUGGGUUAAAAUUGUUCUUAUUUAAAUGUACAAUUUCAGAAUAAGCUCCAAUGUUGCAAAUAAAAAGCAGAAGCCAUUCAGAUCACCACCACCACCCUGUCCACCACAAAGCCGAUUGCAAAGUGAAUUGAAUGUGCCUCUGUGUGUGGCCAGAGGCAAGGCCCAGCACAUGCUGUUACAGAAUAAGAGGUGCACACUGAGUUCAGUAUGAUGCAGGUGCAAAACAGAGCUUGUCCCAAUGGACUGAGGAUUCAUACCAGUUUUAGCUCUCCUAUGCUUUGUAACCCAAUGUCCAUCUGUGAUGCUGACAAUUACAGUAGCUACUAAAGGUAUGUAGGUGUCAACAGGUCUUGGGAUGUGUAAACCUUUGUGAGGGGGGUGAAGGGGAUUUUGAAAGUGUGCAUUUUUGUGUGUGCACAUUGAAAGCUGAUGCCUACUUUUGCCAAACCCUUUGUGCUAUUGGGCCAGUGUGUUAAAGUUUACAAUGUGGGGAUUGGGAGAUGGGGAGGAGAAGGGAAGGGUUUAGAACUUGGUGCUACCAAAAACAAGAGUUGUAGUAACUUACUUGAAGAUGUGCUGGUACUAGUCGUAAGCAGGGGGAAAGGGAAAAGGUUGUAUUUUAGUUUUCUGGCCUUGCCCACGUAAUGUUCCCCCAUACAAAAGAACAAGCUCAGCCACCUAAGGCAAAUAUUUGAUGAUGAAAUUGCUUAACAAACAGAUAGUGUGUAUUAUGGCUCCUGUCCUCCCCCUUCCCCUCCUCUUGCCCCUCAAAGAAUAAACUCAGUUUAGUGGAUGCAUUCUCUAUGCACUGAGUAGGCAUGUGAUUAGAGAAAUGAAGAAGAAAAAAUCAGCUUUGCACUAGUUUAUCCUGAUAUUUGGGGAUGACCAGCCUCUCAGCUGUGGAAAUUCAGAUUGCAGUAAGCCUUUAGUGGCUUGCGGGGUACCAGUUUAAUACCUCUUAAAGAGUGAGGGCUCUCCAAUAGGGUUUAUGAAACAAAUGCACUGAUGUGGCUUCUGCAUUACAACCGUUGUGGCCUUCUGGGAAGUCCUUGGUGAGAAGCCUGCCUGACUGGGACCCACCGAGGCUCUGCUGUAGGAAGCCCUUUCCAGGUGCUUUUUUGGGGGGAGGAACUACUACUUGAUGCUCUGCAUGGCCCCAAAAUGCUGCUGGGGCUGGGGAAAGGGAGGGAAAGCAUGGUUGAAACAUGAUACCAAAUCUGAAGUAGGAACUCCUACCUAAUCCUACUUGCAAAUCUCUCAAGUGGCUUUGUGUAAAAUGUUAAUCUCUAAUUUUCUGCUUUGAACUAAAUCUGAAGUGAUGACUCAACAGCAGCUGAAUGAAAAUCCAAUGUGCUUUGUUCAUGGUUUUCAUUUGUUGUUAUCAUUGUCUCAGGCCUGUUCCCGUUUUUUUUUGUUUUGUUUUGUUUUGUUUUCCCGUUGCUUAGCAGGUCUGCCUAUGUGUAUGCUAGGCUUUUUCAUGUGGGGUGGCAUUUAAGAACACCACAAAUUUGGUUUCAUCUGUAAACUUGCAGGAGUUUCUGUCAGUGAGCAGUGUUUGUCAGAUUUUCUUAGAUGUUUGGGUAGCCAAGAGAUGCUUUGGAAUAUAAAAUGGCUGUGAGGCAUUCUUCUUUCUGUCUAGAGCUUUUUAAUAAGCUAUGAAUGUACCAGCCAGGCCUGGGGCUCCCGAACACACUUAGCUCACGUCCUACUGCUCAUGAUGCCAGCAGCAUGUGUGUGAAGAAAGCAGUGUUUGGCUGUCUGGGCAGUGUUUGUGUUAUGGGUUGCAAGCCCCUUGCCUGAGCCAACAUGAAGCACCAUCAAGCUCAAACUGAGUUACUGAGACAGGACUACAGCUUUGUGAUUUCUGCUGUGCAGGUGGUAGGAGUUACCCCUGCCGAAGUUUUUAAAUAUUCUCUUUGCAGUGAGCACCCUGAAUCCAGCAAAGGCCCCUUCUGUCAAGGGUACCACUUGGGCUGGUACAAGACUACAGUCUCCUCAGAUCUCUUCCUAGCGGCCUUAGGAAAUAAGAUACACUAUUAGACCUAUCCUCAUCUGUAUCUGGUUCACUAUCAAAAGCAACAGCUAGAAGGAAGCUCCCAGCUCUCAGAUCCAGAGUAUCCUCUGUCUAAACAGCCAGUGUAAUCUCCAAAUUCAUGCCACAGGUCUCAGUGAGGUGGUCCUUGGAGCAAGCCUUCAUCUGGUACAUGGGGUUAGUAUGCUGAACAUAACCAGCUGUGGGUCUGCCCUCUUGGAUGUGCAAGAGCUGAAUUUGCACCCUUAGCCUGCAGGUUAAUUUACUGCCAGGUUCUUGCAGCAUCAGAUGUUAGCCAUUCAAUGUUAUACCCUUUUCAUAUUUACACUUAAUGUUUUUAGACGCAAUUGCAUAGCUAGAUGAAGUACAGCUGCUUUGCACCAGACUGGUUAAAGUUUCUAGUUUUAUGGCCACGUUUACUUAGAAUGCAUAUACAGAAUUCUGUAAAAGCUUUAGAGCAUCAGCCAGUUUGCUUCAUGGUCAGUUUUAUUCUUUGUCAAGUAUAAUUAGUUUUUGAAAUUUACCUUUCUGCCAAAGCUUUAUUGAAGUAUUUAUCAAUACUGCCAGAAUUUCCUGAGUAACUUUCUCCAAACUGCUUGAAAUGGAAGCUUGACCCCCUUCUAUUUAUAAAAUAUUUUUUACAAAUAUUAAUCAAGUUAGUCCAAGCCUGGUGAUUUAUAUCUCUUAGCUUCACAGAGCCUUGCUUUGAGUGAAUGGCUAUGUGCUGAUAAAUUAGGGGAAAAUUUGGCUUUUCAGGAACAAGAUUUAGUUAAGUUCAAGAAAGUUCAGGCAGAGGUAAGUAUUUAUAAAAUUAAUAUAAAACAUUAUAGAAAUGAUGUAGUGAAUGCUGUCUAAAAGUUGUGCUGUUUUAACAUGCGUCUGUGUUCUUUCUGCUGUACGCAAACAUCCUUUGCUCAGUCAUUAGCAAUUUCUCCUGGCCCAAGAAGUGGGAAUACUUCUCCCUUUUAGCAGGAAUGGCAGACUCUGCUAAAGCUUGCUGGCUAGAGUUGGGGGAUAAAGGUGAAGGCUCUUCAGGUUUCCAAGGAGCUGAGUCCCGCUGUGGUUUCUGCAGUAAAUCCUUAGCUGUCUGUCCAUAUGCUUUGCUCAUGUUUACUGUCCCCAGGGUCUUUGCCAUGUGUUUGAAGAAAUGCCACCAACUGCUACCACUUUCCCAGCCUCUGCGCAGACCCCCUGUGGGCUGGACUGAGAAAAAGGGCAUUUUGGGUUCUCAUGCCUUAGGCAGAGUUGGGAAUGCACCUAGGCAUUGGUACUAUACGGUAUGUCUUGCUAGUGGUGUUCACUCGGAACCAACCUAUAAGACAGAAUUCCCUCUGAGUGAUGAAUGUGUCCUGGGCUAAAAUGAGGCGUGCUCUGCUCUUCUCAUCCUCCUCAUUCGUCACUGUUGUAAUGUACUAACUGUCAUACCAGCUUAGCAAAAAUAAUUCUUAGCAUCUUGCUAUGAAAAGUUCAUCUAUAAAGAAUAAAGCAACACAGAAGCUGCUGCUUAAAGAUGCCAGUGCCUGUGGGGACCCUUCUGGGUCUGUAGAGUUUGUUUCUGGGUAUUUCCUGAAGCCACUGUGGUCAUGUACCUUCCUGUUGUUUUUUAUAAUGUACUGUCUUCCUUAAAAGAUACUGAAGGGAUAUUCCAGCCUCUCAUUGAAUGCGUGUUUUUAUAAAUGGGACUCCAGGUGAUCUUAGAGAUGAAGCUUAGAGCAACAGCUGAAAGUUCCUGGACAUUAAGUCUGACAAGAGGAAGAAAUACUUCAUGGUGACAGUCUCUGGCAUGUUUACUUUCUACUGAACAGAGCUGAGCUAUACUGAAUUAUUGUGACAAUCUGUCUUGUUGGUAAUGUUCACCAUUCUAUGUAAGAUGCUUGGUCUCCAGGACUGUUAACCUCGUACCUCCUACAUACGUUCCCUUUUUUCUGUCUUUGUGUCUCCCAAAUUCUCCAUCCCCUUGCUGUCUCUUUUCCUCAAAAGUAAGCAAUAUUUAGGUGUACUUGCUGAAUGCUUAACUUCCUGAUGGAGUUUUCUUUAGAACACUAUGCCAUUCAUGAACAAAAGAAGGAACAGAUCCUAGAGGUUUCUUCACCAGACUUGGACUUCUUGCCAAAUGGCUCCCCCUAGAACUCAGACAUAAAUUCAAAGAGAAGUCACCAGGUUUUUUGCCUGCCUGUCUCAGAAGUCACCACGGGGAAUAGGGUUGGUUUGGUAUACACCAUUCCCUUCUGAAGCAUUCAAGAGAUUUCUUCCUGCACUGUGUAGAUCUAGCUUAGUCUGUGAUCCAAAUGCAUAGCAGUUUGGGUUACUCUUUGACUGAUGCUUUUUAGCUUAAGAGUUUUACAAACUCAUUUAAGGAACUUGAGGGAAUCAAUACUCAGGAAUCCUAAAGCUGGUGUUGCAUUUGUGUCAUUUACUCUUCUGGGCUGAACAUACUGUGGUUGUCCUUGCAGGUGGUCGAAGGGAGGAGAGGUUUUGUCAUCAGAUAAGGGUUCUGCCCAAAGUAAUACACACUUGAUUCUUUUUUUGAUUUUGUUUUUUAAUAUCCGGGGACUGUUUAUCAACAAAAUUGAUGUGUAAAAAUUUGAUAUUUAAAUAAGAAUAAAAACUUUAUCAUAAUGUUG